ACGUACCAUUCGCCUCAAACUUUUGACGUGAAUCGUCCUCCUGUCUUACGUACUCCGCACCUUCCUCUGCGUUCUCUAUUCCGAAAAUCGUGCUCUCGCCUCCAGCCCUUUUGGCCUGCUUGAUUUUCGUUUGUUGCUCGUUGUAGUCUCCUCGUCGUCUAUUCUCCAACUCCAUCUCCUUCCGUCGCCACUGACGAGCUUUAUCCGAAACACCCUUCGAGGUUGACGAUCUUGGCUCUCUUCACUGGCUCGCUGAUUACUCCUUUCCCCCAAGGAUCGCCCCGCUAUAAUCUUCGCCGCCAUUUUCUCCACCGGCCGUCCCCAGCUUCCAAAAAAACCUUGCGUUAGUGGUCCCAAACCGCCCUUUUCUUGAAUCCUCCCUCCAAUCUUUGACUCUUGUUGAACUCUGCAAUCAUGUCGAUGAUCAAUAUCCGAAGCGACGUUGAAGAUAAGUUCUACCGUUACAAAAUGCCCAAGCUCAUCUCCAAGAUCGAGGGAAAGGGCAACGGUAUCAAGACUGUGAUUCCAAACAUGUCUGACAUUGCCCGCGCUCUCAGCCGCCCUCCCACAUAUCCCACCAAAUACUUUGGCUGUGAGCUCGGUGCCCAGGUCAAGUGCGACGAAACCAACGACCGCUACAUCGUCAACGGUGCCCACGAUGCCGCUCGCCUGCAAGAGCUCCUCAGCGGAUUCAUUUCCAAGUUUGUGCUGUGCCCCAACUGCAAGAAUCCCGAGACGGAUAUGAUCAUCAAGAACUCGAAGCGAAACGAGGACAUUAUCUUGGACUGCAAGGCUUGCGGUGCCCAGCUCUCUGCGGACACUCGUCACAAGCUGGCCACUUUCAUUGUCAAGAACCCUCCUCCCAAGAAGAACGCCCAAGCCGUCGGCAAGAAGGGCCGUGACCCCAAGGGCGCUGCACACGAGAGUGCCGAGGCCCUGCCUACUCCUCCCGAGGGCGAGUCCGCCGAGGAGGAGGAAAGCGGCAACGCCGCAGAGGCCAUGAUGAAGGAGAUGAUGGACGAGGCCGAAGCCCUUCCCGUCGCCGACGACGACGAAGACAACAUUCAGUGGAACCUCGAUACCUCGACCGAGGCCAUCUCGCGCCGCAUGAAGGAGCUCCAGGUCGGCGGCGCCGUCCAGAAGGCCUUUGGCGACGAUGACGAGGACAGUGGCGAAGACCCCCUCGAGACCUUUGCCGAUUUCAUCUCUUCCGAUGCUGGCGUCUCGGACCAGGACAUUAUUGCAAAGGCCGCCGAGCUGGAGCUGCGCGAUGACAAGGUCUGCAGCGUCCUCCCGCAGGUUCUGUUCGACAAGGCCAUCAUGACCCAGAUCAAGACCCGCGCGCCACUGUUCAACAAGUUCAUGAAGAACGAAAAGUGCCAGAAGGGACUGCUGGGCGGCAUCGAGCGCCUGGUUGGCGUCGUGCACCCCGAGCUGCUCCCGCUGACUCCCAAGAUUCUCCACGCUUUCUACGACAGCGAUCUGCUUGAGGAGGACGUCAUCGUCGCCUGGAGCGAGAAGCUCAGCAAGAAGUAUGUGGACAAGAAGGUCGCCAAGGCCGUCCGCGAGAAGGCCGAGCCCUUCAUCCAGUGGCUCAAGGAGGCCGAGGAGGACGACGACGACGAGGACGAUGACGAGGACGACGAGUAAACUCGCCCGGUCCGUUGCGCUUGAUUGUGGCAGCGUCGUUAUGUGUUGCGAGUGCAGACCGAGAUCCAUCCCCCCCUGCGACUGCGCGUGAUGAAUGCGCCUGUCUGGUUGAGGGGCCCUUGACCUAUAAUAACAAGAAUGUCGGCUGCAGCCGUGCAGUGAGU